CUUGCAGUGUAGAGCUUCCCAUUUUCAAGUUGAAGUAUUUAUGGUGAAUUGAAUUCUUCAGUGGAUGCUGAUGCUGAUGAUCUUAUGUUGGUUACCUAUGCUAUUGAUUUUACAAAAUGUUUGAUUGUGGUUAUAACCAGAGAGACAAAUUUGUAAGGUUGGAUGAUUUGGAUUCCAGAUUAUCAUUUUCAUCUGAUACGGGGGGGAUGAAGCGAUGCGGAUUUAGCAUAGAGGGGCUGACCAAAUCUGCUCAUUCGAAGCAUAAUGCGUCAAAGUCAAUUAAGGUAGGAGUGAAGAAAGGAUCUGAAGGACUUAUGACAUUUGGGCGCUCACUAAGAACUGGAGUUAGCCGGGCAGUUUUCCCAGAAGAUCUAAAAGUGUCGGAAAAGAAGAUUUUUGAUCCUCAAGACAAGUCUCUCGUAUUUUGGAACAAACUUUUGGUCAUAUCGUGUAUUCUUGCAGUGUCGGUGGAUCCUUUGUUUUUUUAUCUUCCUGUUUUCAAUCUUCAAGAAAGUUGCCUUGGUAUAGACACAAAUUUAGCAUAUACAGUUACAACUUUGCGAUCAUGCAUAGAUGCUUUCUACCUCAUACGCAUGGGUCUCCAAUUUCGGACAGCUUAUAUUGCACCAUCAUCUAGGGUUUUCGGACGAGGUGAACUUGUAAUAGAUCCAGCAGAAAUAGCAACAAGAUAUUUACAACGUUAUUUUGUCAUUGAUCUUCUGUCUGUGCUACCUUUACCACAGAUCGUAGUGUGGAAGUUUAUUCGGCAACAAAGAGGUUCAGAUAUCUUGGGUACAAAACAGGCACUACUGUUCAUCGUCUUCCUUCAGUAUAUACCUAGGUUUCUUCGGAUUCUCCCAUUAAGUUCAGAGCUCAAAAAGUCUGCUGGUGUCUUCGCUGAGACUGCUUGGGCAGGUGCUGCAUACUAUUUGUUGUGGUUCAUGCUUGCUAGUCAUAUAGUUGGGGCUUUCUGGUACCUAUUCGCUGUGGAACGUAAUGAUACAUGCUGGGAAAAAGCUUGUCUAAAAAGUGGAAAAUGUGAUAUAAAGUUCUUGUAUUGCCAAAAUGAUGAAAAGGAAGGUUACAAUGAGUGGAAAAGCAUCAGCCAUGAUCUUCUUGAUGAACAAUGUUCAGUUAAUCAGGACGAUCCACCAUUUAAAUAUGGCAUCUAUGCACUAGCUUUAUCAUCUGGAAUCGUCGCAUCUCAAGAUUUCUUCUCUAAGUACUGUUAUUGUUUGUGGUGGGGUCUACAGAAUUUGAGUACACUUGGUCAGGGGCUCGAAACCAGUACUUACCCUGCAGAGGUUCUCUUUUCCAUAGCCAUUGCCAUAUUUGGGCUCAUCCUCUUUGCUCUUCUGAUUGGGAACAUGCAGACCUAUCUUCAGUCCCUUACGGUUCGGCUUGAGGAGAUGAGGAUCAAAAGGCGUGACUCCGAGCAGUGGAUGCAUCAUAGGUUGCUCCCUCAAGAGCUUAGAGAAAGAGUUCGGCGCUAUGAUCAAUACAAGUGGUUGGAAACGAGAGGAGUCGAUGAAGAGAAUCUGGUCCAAAAUCUACCAAAAGACCUCAGGAGGGAUAUCAAGCGCCAUCUCUGUUUGAAUUUAGUGAGAAGGGUUCCACUAUUUGCAAAUAUGGAUGAACGGUUGUUGGAUGCCAUUUGUGAACGAUUGAAACCAAGUUUGUACACAGAAAAUACCUACGUGCUUCGGGAAGGUGACCCAGUUGACGAAAUGCUAUUCAUUAUUCGUGGCCGCCUAGAGAGCGUGACUACAGAUGGUGGGAGGAGCGGGUUUUUCAACCGGGGUUUCUUGAAAGAAGGCGAUUUUUGUGGGGAGGAGCUCCUAACGUGGGCGUUGGAUCCUAAAUCCGGUUCUAACUUGCCACCGUCUACUCGAACAGUGAAGGCUUUGACAGAGGUCGAGGCUUUUGCACUAAUAGCAGAUGAGCUGAAAUUCAUCACAAUUCAGUUUCGACGCAUUCACAGUAGACAGGUCCAGCAUACGUUUCGAUUCUACUCACAGCAGUGGAGGACAUGGGCUGCCUCGUUUAUCCAAGCUGCAUGGCGUCGGUAUUCUAGGAGGAAAAUGGCGGAGCUUCGUCGCAGUGAAGAAGAAGCUGAAGAAAUGGAAGAUGAAGACGACAACGAAGAAAGUGAAUUAAUAGGGGAAGAAGCUGCAUCGAGCUUUGGUGCAACCAUACUUGCAUCACGGUUUGCAGCGAAUGCUCUUCGUGGGGUUCAUAGGCUUCGUGGCUCGGCAAGUGCCAGGUUGUCAUUGCCUAAGCCUCCAGAACCUGAUUUUGCUGCCGAUAUUGCAGAUGAUUAAUCUCGGUCUUCACAUAGUAGGUGACAACAUGCUGCUUACUUGUUCAUGCUAUGUCAUUCCUAAUUGUAAAAUUAUGUGUUUAGUUGUAAUGUUUUUGUUUUUCUAUUUUCUUGCUGGAAGACUUUAAGACCAUAUGUUA